AUGGCUUUAACUCUUCCGAUCGCUUCAUCGUCGUCUCCAUCUCCUGGCAACUCUCCCGUUUCAGCGGAAGGUUCUGUUCCCCCUCAAACUCCGAUCACACCUGCCGCCGGUCAAACUCUCUCACUUUCCUUGGCAUCCUCUCAAUCACAAGGUUCCAGCACAGCCCCAGCCAAUGGCGCUGUUACACAGGUCAAGCGGAAGCCCAGUCGCCGAGCCAAUACCGCUGAAAGGCGCGCUACUCAUAAUGCAGUUGAGAGACAACGCAGAGAGACUCUCAAUGGCAGAUUCUUGGAUCUUGCUGCGCUGCUUCCUAAUCUUUCGCAGAUCCGCAGACCUUCCAAGUCUGCGAUCGUUAACUCUUCGAUUGCUCACGUUCACGCAUCAAGGCGUCACCGUUUCCUAGCUUCGCGGGAGCUGCGGGCUCUCAAGCUAGAAUCUGAUGCCCUUCGUCGGGAACUCAACGAAUGGCGUGAUCGUGCUGGCCUUCCCUGUGUGGAAGAGCCCGUUCGUGGGGAAGGCUUUUCAAUGGUCCUCAAUGGUGAGGUCGAAAUCCUCGCAGCUGUCAUCGGAGAGGAAGAUGAAGAAGGCCAGGCGUAUGAUGGAUAUGAUGAGGGCGAUGAUGAAUUCGCUGGUUCGAUGCCAACUGCCAUGGACGACUCCGAGGAUGUUAUGCCCUCUGCGCCGAUGGUCAAGAACGGCAUGUAUACCCACGGGAAUGCUCCUCCUACUGCCCCGCCAAACUCGCACGGCGGCCCUAUGAUCGCUCAGAUGCAUUCUUCGGUUUCUUUCGAGAACCCAGAAAUGCCAUCGAUAUACGAACCUCGGGUGAAUUUCGCCGCAGUUCCUUACAUAGGACAACACCAUCCCGCUAUGGAACAACAUAGCGUCAAAGCGUGGUCGAACAUGUACAACGCCUAUCACCCUCAACACCCCCACCAACUCCCGGUGCAGCGUAACUUGGUCACUCCUCCCAAUGGCUCGCACAACAUGGGACCGUCGGCAACGACCGGCAAUCACUUUGGGGACCAAGUGGCUCUUGCCAACCUCAAACGGCAGCAGCUGCUCGCGCUCCAGCAGCAGCACGGUGCCAUGGGAUAUGUCGCUGAUGUUGAUGACGCGUCAUCCGUCGGAUCUGGUCACAGCAGCCCCGGUUCUGGAUACGGCUCACCAUCGCAUGUAGCUUCGUCUAUGUACGAGAUUGCAAACGCCCUUCCCGAUUAUGGUCUACCCAAAAGGCUGAGCCUGGGCAACCUCCACAUCAACACUGGUAUUGCAGGAUCGUGGAGCGGCAGGGUCGAGGAUGGCAUGGGAGGCAUGAUGACGAAGCAAGGUUUGAGCGUCCCGAUUAACGUUGGCAAUGGCGGAGGAUAUGGCAUGAUGAUAUGA